CACGCACACACACUCAGCCAGAGGGAGGAAGAAGGCGGAUCGAGUCUAGACUCCAGGACUUCUUCGGCAGAGCGGAGCCCACAGCGCAAUCAUGGAGGAUUCUGUUCCAUGUUCUGGUCGCUCUGUGUUUGCGUGGCUGGUGGGCGCGUCGCAGGUGCUCGGUCUGGCGUCGGUGGUGCUGACCGGUGUGUGGAUGGGUCACUACCGCGGGGGCUUCGCCUGGGAUGGCUCAGCGCAGGAGUUCAACCUGCACCCUCUGUGCAUGGUGCUGGGGCUGGUCUUCCUGCAUGGUGACGCCAUCCUCGUAUACAGAGUGUUUCGUAACGAGCCGAAGAGAAACGUGAAGAUGCUUCACGGCAUCAUUCACCUGCUCGCUCUCAUCCUGAGCAUCAUAGGUGUUGUCGCUGUUUUUGAUUUCCACAGAGCAGCAAAGAUUCCAGACAUGUACUCUCUGCACAGCUGGUGUGGUAUGAUCACCUUAGUCCUGUUCUGCUUGCAGUGGGUGAUGGGUUUGAUGUUCUUCCUGCUUCCGGUCGCGUCGUCCUGGUUACGAGCCAUGUACCUCCCAAUCCACAUGUUCUGUGGUCUGGUUCUGCUGGUUAUGGCCAUAGGAAGCAGCCUGCUCGGCAUCACGGAGAAACUCCUCUUCAGCAUCAUGCCAACGUACUCCCAGUUUGCCCCGGAAGGCGUGCUGGCCAACGUCUUGGGGAUCAUGCUGGUGUGUUUUGGCGUGCUGCUGGGCUACCUGGUCACCAAGGAAGAGUACAGACGCCCACCCAACCCAGAGGAGGAGUCACUGUCUGUCCACUUCAAGACUCUAACAGAGGGGGGGUCACCCACCACGCCCUGACCUCUCGCCUGACCUCUGACGCCUCUGCUUCACGUGGACACGGACUGCGUCCUGCCUUCAGACUGGGCAGCUGUGCUGUUAAUACAAAGUCAUAAGUCUCAACACCAAUUGCCCUGACCGUGAUCAGAAAAUAUAAAUGUCCAAAAGUACAUGUUCUGGGAAGUCAAUGAAGAUAAUGGACAGGGAGAUUUGAUGAUUGUCUUUUUCUCCACUUAUCUCAACAACCUAGCCCCAUCUAAUCUCAGAUUACUGAACCGAUGAGUCAGCGCCCCGCCAAAAUGAUUGAUUUCUUUUAUUUGGAUAAGUGGAAGAAAAAGCCUCGUAAAGUGUAGCAGGCGCGAGCCGCCCGAACUGACCGAUCCCAGUUCGUGUCGCGUUCGCGUGGCGUCACCAUACGGUAGCCGCUUUGGUCUCGACGCGCGGAUGCAUUUGUGAAGGGGCAGACGUCACUCGCGGUGUAGCUCCAGCAGCGUUGCGAGUAAAGCGUAACUUACUAAUGCAAAUGCUCAUAGUACAUCCCAAUCAGCGCAGGAACCAUUUGUCCUGGAGUGACAACGCUACAGUUUUGCACUGCCCCGUCAUAAAAACCGAGGGCCAAACCCAGCCCAUGACACUUGACCAACGCGAGGCCCCAACUAGACCUGUCGCUUUAUUUUUCACCAAUCUCUGACCGCUCCCCAGACGAAUGCAGCCAGUGGCCACGGUCAAUCUCUCUGCCCACUGGGCACUGGGAGAAAAUUGAGUUACACUUCAAAAAAGAACCAAACCCUACCCAGAAUGGGGACCGACGAAAAGGGUCAACCCCAGUCCAGAACCUGAUACACCGGAGCGAUCAGCUCGGGAGGCAGAGCAUCCAUCUCCCACCACUCUGGCAAUGUAGUCCUCCCUCCUGACCCGAUGCUGGCGCUAUAGAUUCCCUGAUAGGCAGGGUUGAUCUAGCCAUUUUUUAAUUGGAUCUAUAUAAACUUA